AUAUCAGCUACUGACCAUGUCAACAGAGUUCCAGGAUGCUCACCUUGCAGAGGUGAAACCUCUGGUGGAGAAGGAGGAGGCUAUCACUCGCCUCCUUCCAGACUUCGAUGUUCAGGAGCAAGAUGUGGAGACUGUGCAUGGCUCCGUGCGCGUCACCAUGUGUGGCACCCCCAGGGGGAACCGUCCGGCCAUCCUCACCUACCACGACAUCGGCCUCAACCAUAAAACUUGCUUCAAUCCUCUCUUCAACUUUGAGGAUAUGCAGGAAAUCACCCAGCACUUUGCAGUCUGCCAUGUGGAUGCACCUGGCCAGCAGGAUGGAGCUCCAUCUUUCCAGACUGGGUAUGUGUAUCCCUCCAUGGAUCAGCUGGCUGAAAUGAUUCCUGGAAUCCUGAAACAGUUUGGGCUGAAGACCAUCAUAGGAAUGGGAACUGGAGCUGGUGCCUACAUUUUAACCAGAUUUGCUUUAAACCAUGCAGAGAUGGUGGAGGGAUUAGUUCUCAUUAAUGUAAACCCUUGUGCUGAAGGUUGGAUGGACUGGGCAGCAACUAAGAUUUCAGGUUGGACAAACGCUUUGCCAGACAUGGUCAUUUCACAUCUAUUUGGAAAGGAAGAGAUUCACAGCAACCAUGACCUGAUCCAUACUUACCGUCAGCAUAUCAUUAAUGAUAUGAAUCAAACCAACCUUCAUCUCUUUGUCAACUCUUACAACAGGUAAAUACAUUUACCUGAUUUCUAACUGGAAACUUCUAAGAGGCUGUCCAGCUCUUUAGAGAGAAAUCCUGGAGUGAAUGUUGUCACCCUUCAGUGUCCUGUCCUCCUGGUGGUCGGUGACAGCUCCCCAGCAGUGGAUGCCGUGGUUGAAUGCAACUCAAAGCUGGACCCAACAAGGACUACACUUCUGAAGAUGGCUGACUGUGGUGGGCUCCCCCAAGUUUCCCAGCCUGCCAAGCUUGCUGAAGCUUUCAAAUACUUUGUUCAGGGAAUGGGAUACAUGCCCUCUGCCAGCAUGACCAGGCUGAUGAGGUCCCGCACUGCUUCUGGCUCCAGUGUGACCUCCUUGGAAGGACAGAGGAGCCGAUCCCACACCGGGGAGGGAACGAGGAGCCGAUCCCACACCGGGGAGGGAACGAGGAGCCGAUCCCACACCGGGGACGGUUCCAGGAACCGCUCCCACACAGACACACGGAUCGAGCUGACGCCGAACUCGGCAAGCAACGCUGAACAAUCGAGCCCCAAGUCCAUGGAAGUGUCCUGUUAGAUGGCUGUGGGAGGUUUUAAACUGGUCACAGUGUGAAAAAGUAAUGGAUGCCCCCUGUGUAUCACAAAAACAUAACUGGUAUUAAUCUCUAGCUAUUCUGUAGGAUGAACUCUGUUCACCAGGGUCUGAGAGGGACCAAAGAAAAGAAGCAUCUCAUUUGCUCUAUCAUUAUUCUUGUAUCUCAGACAGCUGCUGCUAUCGUGCCCUCCUUCAGUGGAUGCCAAAUUCUAAAGGAUACUUGCCAAAAGCUGAUGUGGUUGUAAACACUUCAGAGUCAAACCAGAAUUGCUCAAUACCCUCCUUUAAAAUCAAAGCUGUUACAGGCCCCUUUAUCUCUUACUCUCUUGAAGUUAACUGGCACAAUUUGAGAUGAGUCUCAAAGCGGGGGAGAAAAAAAAAAUCACUUUUAAGGACGACUUUAAGACAAGGAAACGAAACAAAUGUGUUAUGGCCUCAUGUUGAAGCUGGAGUUGAAUUCAUUGUAUAUAGCUUGACUUCAAAUGAUAGAAAAGUUAACGUAUCGUGCAUUUAUAGGCCUUCUAAUUCAUUAGUAUUCAAGCCUGUUUUCCUAUGUACAAUAAUAUACUACUAAAAUAGGCAAUUUUAAUGUGACUUUGAGGUGAACUAAAUCUUUAAGGUUUUUCAUUUCACUUUUUUGAGAUUUAGUUCCAGUCUUCCUUUCCUUCCCCCCUCAUAGACCCUAAAACCUGCUUAGCCAAAUGAGGACAGGAUUUAAAUUUGGUAAGCAAGGUAGGAUUUCCUGUUUGGGAACUUGGGCCAAAGGGUUUACCAAACUGCAGAAGCUGGUGUAGUUGUAACAAGUAGGGUAGCUGUACAUGCCAGCUAAGCAGAAACAGCUUGAUAUUUCCUUCAAAAAGCUUCUUAUCUUUGCAGCUCAAGUUUUUUUGUGUCCAGCACAAUUGUGAUAAAUUUGGAAUUCUGUAAGCAAAGACAGAUCCAGCUGUUCUUUGUGAGGAGAGAUGAAUAACUGUGGGAUGGGCAUGUAAUUACAUACUGUACAUUCAACUGCCACUAAUUACUAGAUUUGAAACUGAUGAGAUCUCACUGGUGCUGAAAAGUGUAUUCCACGAAGUGGUGGAGCAGCAACACUGUAUCUCUGGAAGACAGUGUCUAAUGACUUUGUAAAUGUCAUGAUCUGCUGGUUCUGCAUCUUUGCAUAGCCUCCUUGGGUUGCUUUCUUUGAAGCUAGUGGCUUGAUACCUUUCUGCCACUCAGAAUGUCACAGUUGGGUGUUCCUAAGUUUGUCCUUCCAUAGCUAGUGGGAGAGGAUUUCCAGAGCUCCAGUGCAUACCUGCUGAAUUGCAGUCCUCACACAGACAAAAAGCUCAAAUGCUGAGCAGUUAAUUAAUAUUUGGGAUUGCUUGUUCAGAAGAACACCAUCUAGGUUACUUUAUAUUGACUAACUUCAGCUCUUGUGUAGAAUAUCCAUAACAUUUUGUGGGAAGAACAGACAAUUUCCAGAAAGAAUAAAGCUAUUGUGUAAAGUCUAUCAAGAAAAGUUUCUUAAUGAAGUAUUUGUAUUUAUUUCAAAACAAAUAAAUUUGUAACUUUGCAA